CCAUUUAACCCGCUGAAAAAUUAGGGCUUCCAAAAUUUCUCUCGACUGCCGCUGUUGCCAGAUUUGCUUGCGACCUCCUCCGACCUCCAAACACUCCCUAACCCUAGCUUAGCUAAAAUUUGUGGAUGGCGACACAGAAGGAGCAAGACAUCCAGAUGAUGUUGGCUGCCCAUGUGCACCUCGGAACCAAGAACUGCAACUUCCAGAUGGAAAGAUAUGUUUUUAAGCGUCGGACUGACGGGAUAUACAUUAUUAAUCUUGGAAAAACUUGGGAGAAGAUACAGCUUGCAGCUAGAGUAAUUGUUGCCAUUGAAAAUCCUCAAGACAUAAUUGUCCAGUCUGCUAGGCCGUAUGGUCAAAGGGCAGUCUUGAAGUUUGCCCAAUACACUGGAGCUCACCCUAUUGCUGGGAGGCAUACCCCUGGAACUUUCACUAACCAGCUUCAAACAUCCUUUAGUGAACCUCGUCUGCUUAUUCUUACUGAUCCAAGGACUGAUCACCAGCCAAUAAAGGAAGCUGCUCUUGGAAAUAUUCCAACGAUUGCCUUUUGUGAUACUGAUUCACCAAUGCGGUUUGUUGAUAUUGGAAUUCCUGCUAACAACAAGGGGAAGCACAGUAUAGGUUGUCUCUUCUGGUUGUUGGCAAGGAUGGUCCUCCAGAUGCGUGGUACUAUUGCUCCAGGACACAAGUGGGAUGUUAUGGUUGAUCUCUUCUUUCACAGAGAUCCUGAGGAAGCCAAGGAGCAACAAGAAGAAGGGGAGGCCCCUGUUGCCCCUGAUUAUGGUGUUGUAGCUGAAUAUGGUGGUAUCAUACCUUCUGAACAAUGGCCUAGUGAUUUUGCAAAUGCUGCUCCUGAUGUGGGAGCAGUUCCUGGCUUGGUUGCACCAACUGCUGGGGUUGAGUGGACUUCUUCUCAAGUAACAGCUGAUUGGGACGCUGCUGCGGCUCCAGUUGCAGAAACUGAUGCAUCUCCUGUUGCUGCCCCUGGUUGGGAUCCCGCUUCAGCUCCUGCUGCCACUGGUUGGGAUUAGGAUUAUUUGAUAGGACCUUUGUGGGUUAAGUUUUUUUUUUUUUUUGGACAUUUAGGUCAUUUAAGGCAAACUCACACACACAACGCAUACACAAAUAUUCAAAUCUAAGACCUCUUAGUUGGAAGCAUAAGCUCUCAACCAACAGGUCAAGAUGAACUGUGUUGUGGGUUAAGUUUCAAUUUCACAUUUCAAAUUUGGUGUUCAGUUUCACUUUUAAUUGAUUUUGUUUACUUAACUUUCAGGGAGGGAAAGUUUUAGAGUUUUUGACUUCGCUUAUUUUAUUG